AUGCAUCUCCGUGACGUUGCGAUCGUCGCUGUUGUCAUAAUUUGCUGUACCAUUGUUUGGUCUCAAGAGAGCGCGCUGAACUUUCGAUGCGGAUUCAAAAUACCAAUACAAAAUAACAAAACGAACUCUAAUAUUAUACCAAAGCCCCUCCUCAUUGUGUUUAGGGAAAGUGGCAAGCGCUUUUUUUUGACUGCUACCUCAGAAACGCAUCUUGGCCUGUUUGAAACCACAAACUCUCGGUUUGUCAGUGGACGCUUUGUUUUACCUCUCCGGCCCAUAAUGAAGAUUUUGUUCGACUUUCAGAUUAUUGCGAUCGCCACCGGGUUUCUGGAAGAAAAUGCAUCUGUUCCCAUCGUUUGUGUACUAACGAAGAAUUAUGAAUUAAGUGCUAUUGACAUAAGCAGCAUGCAUUCUAGAAUUUUAUGGAAGACGACUGUAGUGCCGGCUGGUAGUUGGGACUUUGCACAUAACGUAGCUAUUUCUGUUGUUCCAGAGCGGGUUUAUGGGGAUGACGUCGGUAUGGUGACGGUAGCGGUUAAAAUAACCAACUCUGAUGGAGCUGUCUUUACCCGAUUUGCCGCCUUCAAUGGAAAGAAUGGAGAGGCACGAUGGGGCUUUUUUUCUCAUGGGGGGGGCGAAAUGGAUGAUAUUCUUCACGAGGCAAACCACACGUUGCCCUUGAAAGCGUCUGAGGGCGAUGAUAUUUUUAAUAUUAAUCUGACUAAAAAGAAGGGUCAUACAAAUAUUCUGCAUCAAAUACACCAUUCCCCGCAGCGACAAGGUCAUCCUUAUGAAAAGCCAUGGACUACGUUCCGGGAAACUGUGAUUGCCGCUCUCCCACACCACUAUGCCCACCCAUGGGAUGUGCAACUAAAGCCGCAUACUAUAUAUUCAGCUAAGCACCCUAAAACAAUAAAGGCACACAGGCGUGGUGAAAGAUCGACAUCUAAACUUAAUAAUCAUAUUAUUCAUGUGAACGAAGAGGACUAUGGAGUGCUAGGCGAAAAGAUUGCUCUUUUGAAGGAAAAACAUACUAAGGGCAUGCAUGCAGCCAAGACGGCGACGGCCAAGGAUCAACAUCAGCCACGCUCUCAUCGCAGGCUUGCGAACACAUUUGUGUACCAUGGUAAAAAUGACGUGGUGGUGCUUCACAUGUAUACUGGUAACGUCAUAACCACGCUUUUUCCACUUAAAGCGUACAAUUCUUACUAUCAUGACGUUGAUGAUGAUUUUCAUAUUGAAUCUGUUACUACGCAAAUAGGGCCACGCGUCUCAACAUACUCCAACCACGGGGUGGAUAUAGUUGAUGAUUGCUUAGGUAUCAUUUAUACGAGUAUCCCGUCCGCGGAAGAUGAAAUAUUUAACGUUACAAUUUGCGACACGCAAGGUUUUUUCGGCAACUUAGACCUUAUUCAUCGUUUUGUUGACGGUGACAUUCGUGGGGAGGGCGUGCCGCGUGCUCUCAACACCCUCGAACUUUUGGGGAGUAAAAACAUAGUAUCCAAAACAACUUUUAGUGUCAUGCCCUUGGUUGUUCAAGUGCAUCAAUCGAAGUUCCUAGACCUGAUUCAGGUUGAACGCUACGCAGUUUUUAUGCUAAACAGUGGCCUCCUCACAUGUGUGGAUUUAUCACGUAGGCGUGUGCUCUGGCGUGUGCAGACUAGCUCCUCUUUUUCUGAAGUAACAAACGCACAUCAAGCGAAGAUGUAUUUACACGACUUUGAAGAAGAUAAUCGUCCAAAAUCUUUUCCUCAUUUAGUAGCAUAUUCAUUGAAUCAAAAGAGCGCUGAGGAAGACGUUAGUUAUGUAGGUGGUGGUGGACAGCAAUACACUCGCGCCGAUUCCUAUAUUCUUGCCGUUGGUGAGGACAUGUUGACAUCUAUUCACAUUAAAACGGGUUUGAUUUCAUGUAGUGUUGCAUUAGAGGAGCCGCCAAUUGCUCCUGUAAUUGUGAUGGAUUUUAACGGUGAUGGUAUAAAUGAUUUGAUUGUUGUAUCAAGGGGGCAUAUUCACGGGUUUAUAGGGAGUGCACAGGCUUCCUCAGAAACAUUACCCGUCCUGAUGAUGCUUAUGAUUGGUCUUUUAGUAUUGUUGUUCAUUUCACAAAGGGUGUUUGAGCCUGGUGAUCAGCCUGAGUACAGCUUGCCGUCAUCGACUUAUCCAAAAGUUCGAGAUACUAAAGCACUUAAACGCGCAACAGAUUGA